AUGAACCUCAGCGACGGCAGCUUCUCUGGGUCCAAGAAACGAAAACGAGAUGGCAACACUAUGGAGGAUCUUCUCGAAGGGAGUUUCGUAGUCAAGGUUGGAAGUCACUGUCUCAAUUCGAUAUCAAUUAACUCACAAGACAACCAUGUAGCCAUAUCCAACGACAGUUUUCACCUUGUGCCCUCGGCGAAUGCACUCCCACAGUCGCGCUUGUUUGAGACUCACGUCAAAAUCUUGGAGCUGGAAGAACGUAUGGGAAACCAACCUGUGGUACUUAUAGCUCGAUUUGAGGAUGGACGCACAUUAUACGCCGUAGAAAGAGAGGCCAGGGGCCUAUAUGUGCUCUGCAAGCUUGGGUCCUGGGUUGACGUGCGGCAAUUGAAGGCAUCCGCGGUCAUGUCGAAACAGGAAAUACCCAAUCAGACAGAAAGAGAGCCUGGCCGCAACAGUCUUCUACAGCAGGAGGAUGUCUUCCCUAGUACCACUACCGAGUCACACAAAUACGAUAAAAAGAAGCGUCUGGCAAUUGAGGCUAUUCAGUCCAUGGUCAAAAGACCGUCCACGCCCAUGUCAACAGAAUUACCACACAUCGAAUCACCCGCAAACGCAGAAACAGAAGCUUUACUACCACCAAUACUGCCCACUUCAGCCAAAUCUCCUGGAUUAGCAGAAACCCCUGCGCCGCCGACUGGCGAAGAAAUAUUUGACAAUGUGCGCACGCAAUACCUGGAGGCACUCUAUCUCUCAAAGGCAUCACUUGCUUAUUUUGCGAAAGGGCCAAUCUCUCGAGCGCGCGCUGCUUUUCACCUUGACUAUGACUCGUCUCUAGAAAUGAGCGACCUAGUCUCGUUUCUCGAAAGUCUCGUUUUGUCAAACUCUUUGAUCGAAAAGAAGUAUCGCGAUGGAGUUCCUACAUGCGUUUCUACGAUAGAUAUUCAUGAUAGCGCCAUUGAAGAUGAAGAUGGCCCUUUGAAGAUCAAGAAGAGAAAGAGCACUAAGCGAAUUAAGACCGGAAAGAAUGGCCUGUAUCCGUCAGAAGAGGAUUUGAUUCGAAAAUGGUGGUCGUGUCACGACGAUGAUGCUGAUUCAGGAGCACCAGGAACGUCCAGAGAGGAGGUAGCGAAGAACAGGAUUUCUCAGCUACGAAUUCGAGAAACACAGCUCCAACUAAUCGUCAUCCUCGAAGUGCUCGCACUACAACCAUUAGCCUCCCAAACAGAGGAUAAGGGGGACAGUUUGCCUUCCGUUGCCCCUGGCUCAGAGCCGUUACGAGCAAACGAGAAGCAAUCCAAGUCUAAAAGGCCCGAGAAUCUUUCCAAUAUCAUCGAUGUUCACAUUGAUCGUUUGUGCAUCUGGCAGUCAAUCCAGAUGGAAGAUGUAAAGGCAACAGACCAAGACAGUCAGAACGUGGUUCCUGGAAGUUUGGGUGCAGUAUCGAAGCACACAGACAACAUACUAAAAGACUUUUGUAUCGAAGUUAUUGCACCAUUCUUCUCAGCCCGUCUACCGGAGCGUUGUGCCAUCAUAAAUCGUAAGCUAGGUGGCCCGGUGGUUGUAUCACCGCCGAAAGCAAAGCUUUCAAAAUCUUCCAGCUUCUCGGGCGCACUAUCGCGUCCCGGUGCGGCUACCAAAAGACCUGUUCCGUCCAAGCCGCGGCGGAGUUUGCAGCGUGUUCUUACAGAUGAGCGAGAGCGUCGAAGUAUGUCUCGUGGCCCAGAACGUGCCGUGUCGCUCUUGAGAUCCGCAACCAUGCCAUCGAUUCCUGGAUUAAAACGUGAAAAAAGCGAAGCACCAUCAUUAUCCGGUAUUCCAGUGGCGGAGUCCCAAUUUGGGGACAGUGGUAGAGGUCAGGUCGCAAAGUCGAAGCAGCUGGCUCGUCGAGAAGUGGAUCUCGGUAGCUUUAAUGCAGCCACGAAUGCGAAAGCAGCAAAACAAGCCAAGAUAGAUGCCGAACUCAAAGAUGCUAUCUCAGCAUUGAAAAAGCCUAAUCGUGAACUCGCUGGGAAGGCUCUGGUUGAGACCGCGGAGCGGCGGUCCACUUCCGCUUCACAUUCUCGAAAAUCGAAGAAGCCUGUUAGGAAUCCCCUUUUCCAGGGUAUCCAAAUAUCUGCAACGCCAAAGACAAACCGUAUGAGGGACGCAAAUCUCAAGCCGCCGAGUCAACAUUCUGAGCGGCUUCUAAGUCCCACUUUGGAAGCAAUUCCACCUUCAAGUCUUCCUAGAAUUCCGCAGUCUAGUGUUCGGGAAGCGGCCGCGAAAAAGAACCCUCUUUUCUCUGCAGUACAGGAAACGCCAACCCGGGCACUACCAAGGACCAGAGAUUUUCUGGGUAUUGAUCGAAGUUUUCAGCCCAGGGUUCCUCCACCAUCUACUUCGCAUAUACGUCGAUCAAGUGCUCAGUUGUUCUCGACUGUUUCCGACUCUGUCACAAAAUUACCUCAAGAAUCCUGGUCUCAACUUGACGUUCUUGAAACGCCAAUUAAGAAGAAACUCACAAACGACGUAGUCCACGGACAUCCUACUCAAUCUCCUAGGUUUGAUCAGGAGAAUAAAACUGUCUUGGAAGCUCCAAAUUCAAUUUCAGAGACGCCAAAGAAGGAUGUUCAAGCGAUCUACAGAUCAAGGGACCCAGCUAAGCUCAAGGAUCUAAACUCGAUCAGACGAGCGGCAGGCGAAAAGGUAAUCUCCACACUGUUGGAAACUAUCAACUGUGAUGCCCUUCGCAUGCGUGCAGAGACUCUACGUGAUGGGGUCAAAUGCACUGUCAAUCUCCCAUCAGCGGAUCAAGCGUAUUUCAACUUUAACAUCGUCGGCGGGCGUAAUUACCACGGCUCAAUUGUGUUUGAAGACGGUAAAACUUGGUUGGCAAGGUUCAGACUCCCAAAUCAUAACGAACCUCCAUUGCAGGAGACAAAUGUCGAUAGACGGAGUGAGUUUGCGACAUAUCGCUUCCUUGCAGGAACCGGUGUUCUAGUCUCUGAGGUGUACGACUGUGCUGACGACGAGGAUCCUAUGAAUAUUGUUGGCGCGGGUUAUAUUCUACUUGAAAAGCUGCCUGGAAAGCCAUUGGAAUGGUACAAAGCAAGCGAGGCACAGAAAGAAAAGUUCGCUGGUCAAUUAGCAGACAUAUAUACCAAGUUGGAACAACAUCCUCUCGACAAGGUGGGACAUCUGCAACUGUCAUCUACGGGGCAACCAGAAGUUGGACCUGCGUUUUUCGACUACGACUCGAGCGGAAAUCUGACACCAUUCGGCCCAUUCAAUCAUUCAAACGACUACUACACAGCUUUAAUCCAGCAGAGACUCCAGCUUAUCAAAAGCCAGGAGAUUGCAUCUUCAGCACCACUUGAUCAAUAUCUUGUCUACAAAAGUCUUCUCGACUCCCUCCCACCCAACGAAUCACCCCCUUUCUUCCUCCGUCAUGUAGAUUCCAGGGACGCAAAUUUCAUGGUCGACGAUAACUACAACAUCACCGGCAUUAUCGACUGGGAGCUAGCCAUUGUUACUUCAAAGAGCUCGGCAUUCCAAUCACCGCUCUUACUGUACGACCUAGGAGAGCUGUACGGUGACGGUCUCUCAACGCCGAGUGUAGAUGAGAAGCGCUUUUCCAAGUUAUUGCGGGAGGGUGGAGCAGAAGAGCUUGCUCGGUUAGCUGAGCAAAAGCUGCAUUUUAGAGUCGAUCAGGUUAUUGAGACUGAUCCUUGGGAUCGGGAGAGUUUUGUGAGUCUUUUUGGUGGGUGGUGGAAGGUUACUCAUGGAGUGGAAACGUUUGAUUGGGAUGUGUGGUAUAAGAAGGCAUUGGAGAAAUAUGGGAAUGGCGGCCUGUGA